AUCCUUUCUCUCUACUGCUAGUCGAACGUGUUAGUAGAAUCGUUCAUAGCACCGUAAAAAGACAUGGGAUUCGGUGAUCUGAAGUCAAGAUCAGGCUUAGAAGCCUUGAAUAAAUACCUCGAGGAUAAAAGCUAUAUCGAGGGCUAUGUUCCUUCUCAAGGCGAUACUGUGGUAUUUCAAGCCUUGUCAGCCUGCCCAUCUGCUGAUCUUCCACAUGCCCUACGCUGGUACAAUCACAUUGCUUCAUUUGGUGUUGAAAAGGCCUCUUUUCCUGGCAGCAAAAAAGAUCUAGGCAGCUAUGGUUCUGCAACAGUCUCAAAUGGUAGUGCUAAAAAAGAUGAUGAUGAGGACGACUUUGAUCUCUUUGGUUCAGAUUCUGAGGAAGAAGAUGACGAAGAGACAAGGAAACGAAAAGAAGAAGAGUUAAAGAAAUACCAUGAGAAAAAAUCCAAAAAAAAACCUGUUAUAGCCAAAUCAAGUAUUCUUCUGGAUGUAAAACCCUGGGAUGACGAGACAGACAUGAAAGAAUUGGAGAGGCUAGUUCGCUCAGUGGAAGCUGAUGGUCUUCUUUGGGGUGCAUCAAAACUUGUUCCUCUUGCAUACGGAAUCAGGAAGUUACAGAUCAACUGUGUCAUUGAAGAUGACAAAAUCUCAACAGACUUCUUGGAAGAGGAGAUCACCAAAUUUGAAGAUUUUGUCCAAUCUAUGGACAUUGCAGCCUUCAAUAAAAUCUAAUGUCAGAAUUUUGGACUAGCAUUUAAAAAUAAAGUAAAAGUGAAAAAGAG